AUGGUGAAUGGGAUCCAUGUAGUUGACUGUGUAGGAGAAGAAAAUAGAAACCGUUUUCCUGACAACAAAGAAGAGUCUGAUAGCAAUGUCAACCAAGGAGUGGAUGAAGAAAAGGAAGAAGAAAGGAUCAUGGAAAAAUGCAUUCCGUGGUUUCCAUUACAACCACAGAAAAAGAGGCUGAAGAGAGUAAUGGUAGAUCGAUUAAGUGACUUAAAUGACUCGGUAAUACUCCACAUACUUUCUUUCUUAAACGUGCAGGAGGCAGUUUGUACUAGUGUAUUGUCGACAAGAUGGAAAUCCCUUUGGACUUCUCUGUCGACACUCAUGUUUCACAACCGUUGCUCUUCCAAGAGUAAGCCAUUUGUUGAGAGGGUCACUAGAACGCUAGAGAAUUAUAGGGCUGGCUAUAUGAAAAAGUUUGCUGUUGAUUUUAUGUACAAUAGAUGCUAUGAUAGCCAAGUUGAUAACUGGAUAUUGUUGGCUAUACAACAUAAGGUGGAAGAUCUUGAUUUACGGUUUCAUUUGUGCUCAACACCCUACAAAUUGCCUCAUCAUGUAUACCAUGCCCCAUCAAUAACAAAUUUGAGCCUGCUGAAUUGCAUUUUGGGGUUAAACGGAGCUGUUGCAUGGAGAUCACUCAAGAGUUUAUCUAUCACGAAAGUGGACUUAGCUGAGGGCACCAUUGAAAUGAUUUUAUCUGGUAGUCCUGUUCUAGAGUUCUUGAAAAUAAAUGCAUGCCGGCGCAUGAAGAAUUUAACUAUCAACUCUACAAGUGUAAAAACAUUGGUGAUACAAAAUUGUGAUGCUGAAUUUUCUGAUUUGCUGUUGGAAAUAUCAGCGCAAUAUAUUCAGUCACUUCACAUUCUGGGUACUACCCACAGCAGAGGCUUUCAGCUGAUAAAUGUCUCAUCUCUUGUUACUGCAAAAAUUAAUUACUACUCGGAUGCUCUGUGUCAUUGUGCAAAACAACUUCUUGAAAGCCUCCACCAUGUCAAGGAAAUCAACUUGGGGCCUUAUUGCAUUCAGAUGCUUUCCAUGGGGGAGAUAAUUUGCUGGCCAACUCCACCUACACGUUGGAAAAGUUUAGUGCUAACAGCACAUUUGGAUGAAGUGGAUACACCUAGGAUUUUUAGACUUCUGCUAAAUUCCCCAAGCAUCGAGACACUAAUCGUAAACAGAACCCGUGACGGCUGCUCAGAUCUUUUACUUAAUUCAGAUGUUCCUGCGGUAGGUAUACUCUUCGGAUUCCCAAAAGUUUCUGGUAUCACGUUGCUGCGUCUAAAGACAGUGAAAUUCACUGGCUACCCAGGAGACAUAGGUCUUGGGGCAUCCACUCUUGAACUGAUACUAUUCUUGCUUGAAAAUGCAAGUACACUAGAAAAGUUAAUUAUAGUUGUUAGUCCAGGAACAGAUUACAGACGAGACGAAGAGACUCUGCUAAAUUUACCAAGAGCUUCUCCCCAUGCUGAAAUUAUAUUCCGUCGUCAAAUAGUGUAUUGA